CUACAAUAGUCGCUACUGGGAGACCUUCAACCAGAUUGGGGAUUGCCCCACCAAUCUCGCCAUCGCACAAUACAAAAGAGGUGUUCCAGUCGGAAACAAGUUGAGGGACUCAAUCACCAUGACGCCACCCCAUACGAUGGAAGCCUUGAUGGAGAGAGUACACCAACAUAUUCGCGUGGAGGAAGAUGGCAACCGAGCUAAAGCAAAAUUUGGCACAACCGCAAUACCAGAUAAAAAGACUACGACAAAAGUCAACGUGGUAGAACAUCCAAGCAGAAAUGGGCGAGGCAGGCGGGACAACAGAGAGGACCAAGACAAAAAGAGGUUAGGAGUCCGCACUGCCAUUACCACGGUGUUCAAAAAACCGAUCUAUCGGAUUCUCAGUGAGAUUUGCAAUGAACCUUUCGUCCGAUGGCCUGCUAAACUGGGAGAAGUGCAAAGAGACUAUGACGAGAGGUCUCGGUGAACCUUUCAUGAUGAAAAGGGGCACCACACUGAAAAUUGCACACCAUUAAGGCAACAUUUGGAGGAGUUAGUGGCAGCUGGGCACGUGGACCAGUACAUAGAAGGAGGGACACAACUAGCCCCCCAGAA